UACAAAUGCACAAAGCCAGUUUGUAGUUGAUUUGCGAUAAUCGCGAUAAUAUAAUUAAUGUAUAAUAUAAAAUGGCUUUGUUGGAAAUCAACCAACAGCCAUGUCGCGUUUGUUCUGAAUCUCGAAAUAACAUCGUUUCUCUAGAUCAUAUUGUUGAUGGAAAGUCUAUAGUUGAAAUGUUAAGAUUUUGUGUAAAACUCGAGAUCCACCAAAAAGAUGGGCUUCCCUAUCAUUGCUGUGAUGAUUGCAAAACGGAUUUAUUAGUAGCAUACAAAUUUAUGGUACGGUGUCUUAAUUCCGAAACUAUCUUCCGAAGUCGUGUGAAAGAGGGAGAAUUUUUCUCACUGCAAUUCGAGCAGAUCAAUGUUAAAAAUGAAGAGUUUGAUACAAUAAAAUAUAAUUUUGAUAGUCAAACGGGCACUGAAACAGUAUCGAAACAUAAUGCCAACAGUGUCGAACAAAGAAGAGCCGGGGAAGAUUGUAGCAGUUCCACAAACCCUGAAACGGAAAUUCUGUCAGAUCACUACAUUGAACUUGAACAGAGAAGUGAUAAUGAAGUUGAAGAAGGAAAUAUUCAAUUCGCCGUCAACCAUUGUGAUCAAUUCGGAGAAAAAAACCUGAAACCCAGACGCAGGCAGUAUUUGAGAAUGGAAACCUUAAUACCAAAGCGUUGUUGCAAAUGUAAAACACGUUUACAAAGUAUGGAUGAGGCAGAGAAACAUUCGAAAGUACAUAUUGAUGCACGGAUUGACGAUCCACAAAAAGUAAAAGCUCGACCUUUCGAAUGUCCGAUCUGUUUCCGGCGUUAUACAAAAAGAAGAGCUUUAGUGAUGCACCAGCGACAAAUGUAUAUUGAAAAGUUAUUCCAUUGUCAGGAUUGCAACGAAGAAUUUUUAACCGAAACUGAGCUGAAAGAUCAUAAAGAGUCUCAUAGCAAACAUAAAAUGGGAAGAAAAGGACAAUUACCUAAAUGCUGUGCUUGUUACGCUCAGUUCGAGACUGACGAACUAGUAAAACAACAUGCCAUCGAGAUACACCUUCCAGAGAGUAAGACGACAAUAGGUGAUAGCGAAAAUCAAUUCACAUGCGAUGUCUGUUUUCGGCGAUACAAAACAAAGCGGGUUUUGUUAGACCACAAAUCGAAGCCUUAUCGUACUAAGCAGUACCAAUGCUCUCAAUGCGGAAGAAUCUUUCGAGACAAAUGUGCUCUUUCGGACCACGAACGAUGCCAUCAAGGAGAGCAACCAUUUGUUUGCCCUGUCUGUUCAAAGCGGUUUGCGAUAAAGGACUCAUUUAGGAAACAUGUUAGAUCGCAUACAAUUGAGGAAGAUCGUUUUAAGUGUGAGAUUUGUAGUAAAGGGUUCAAAACGAAAGGAAACCUUAAAGAUCAUCAUAUUACACACUCCUCUGAUUACCGGCCGUUGAAUUGCAGUCUUUGUUCUGCAAAUUUUGCCCGUAAAUCUUGCUUGAAAUCACAUAUGAGAAUGCACACAGGUGAGAAACCGUUCAAAUGUGACAUGUGCGAUGCGAGUUACGCUUUUUCUAGUGACCUAAAGCGACAUGUUAUGGCCCAUAAAGGUAUAAAACCAUAUAUUUGCAAUGUUUGCGGUCGAGGCUAUCCCAGACAAGAUUAUUUACGAAAACACGUUUCAUCGCAUUUCGCAACUAAUUGAUUUUUGUAUAAAAAAAAACUUU